AACAGAGCAGAAACUCCUUUGUAAAACUGGGGUGCUUCGGCUUUUCGACUUCCGUGACAGACCGGUGCGAGAAGUCAGCGGGCAUGGCCAAGGAAGCCGAACUCAAGAAGAUCGAGCUGAAGGUGUCUGUUGACUGCUGUGAUGGCUGCAAGAAGAAGGUCAAGAAGGCUUUGCAAAGAGUCGAAGGCGUUUUGAAGACGGAAAUCAAUCCUUCGCAGCCGAAGGUCACAGUCCUAGGAAACGUGGAUCCCCGUAUACUGAUCAAGAAGCUAGCUCGAGUCGGAAAACAAGCAGAAGUUUGGACUCGCGAGAACAAGAAUGAUGACAGAGACAAAAAGGAGAAGGAAACUCCCAAAACCGGGUCAGAGCCGGCGAAGUGCUCGGAAUCGAAUGAUAAACCGAAAGAAAAAACCAAUGAGGCAAUCCCCUCUACAGAUGAAGGCAAAGAUAAAGCUUCAAAGAAGAACAAGGAAACAGACAACAACAAAAACAACACCACCAACAGCAACAACAACAACAAGAGUUCUGCAAACACUGAGGCUAUUAAAACCGACGCUCCUCUUCCUUCGAGGCCACCCGAGUCCAAUAAUGUCAUGUAUCCAAUUUCAGGCAUUCCAGCCAUUGUGCAAGGUGAUCCUAAGACCCAAUGCUUUUACUUGGUCGAGCCUCAUCCUAUGGGCAUCCCACGUUACGCGGUAUGCUCGUAUAUGGCUCCUUUGCCUACCACAAGUUAUGGCCCAGAGUAUUACUCCUAUGAGAGGCGACCGGUACAGAUGGAAUAUCAGAUGCCAUUGGCCCCGGUUGGAGACUACUUCAAUGAUGAUAACACGGUGGGAUGCCAUGUGAUGUGAGAAAGACAGAUAUUAUCACAGGGAUGAGUUCAGAAGAGAGAUAAUUUCUUCUGUACGAGGAGUUCCUGCCUGGAUGACAGUCACUUUAAGAAGAGAGCAAAACUAGUUUUUUUUGUAGUCCAGAUUGUGCUUUCUUUUCCUUCUGAAGUUGUAUACACAAUUAUCCAAUUAGCAUGCUACUCUUCGGCUA